UCUUCCGCCGCAGCCUCUGGAGCUGAGAGCCGGGGACGGGGUGCGGCAUGGAGGUCAAGGCGGGCUCCCCGGCGGCUACCAGCGGCGCGCACUCCGUGUCGGCGGCGGAGACCGAGAAGUGGAUGGAGGCGGCGAUGCACAUGGCCAAAGAUGCCCUAGAAAAUCUUGAAGUUCCUGUUGGCUGCCUCAUGAUCUACAACAAUGAAAUUGUGGGAAAGGGAAGAAAUGAAGUCAAUCAAACUAAAAAUGCUACUCGGCAUGCAGAAAUGGUGGCCAUCGAUCAGGUCCUAGACUGGUGUCAUCGCAGUGGCGAGAGUCCUUCUGAAGUGUUUGAACACACCGUGCUGUACGUCACCGUGGAGCCCUGCAUCAUGUGCGCGGCUGCUCUCCGCCUGAUGAAAAUCCCGCUGGUUGUAUAUGGCUGUCAGAAUGAACGAUUUGGCGGAUGUGGCUCUGUUCUAAAUAUUGCCUCUGCUGACCUACCAAAUACGGGGAAACCAUUUCAGUGCAUUCCUGGCUAUCGGGCUGAGGAGGCAGUGGAAAUGUUAAAGACCUUCUACAAACAAGAAAAUCCAAAUGCUCCAAAAUCGAAAGUUCGGAAAAAAGAAUGUCAAAAAUUUUGAACUUGUUCUGAUGAAAGACUGAUGUCCCAAAGUGACCUGGGUGGUGAUGUUCUUGGACUGAAAGCUGUUAACAUCGUUGAAUCACAUGUUUAUAUAUUGUCAUUAAUCAGCAGGAAAAUGGUCUCUCAUUUGCUCUGUUAAGGGAACAAAUUAGCACUUUUUAAAAGUCUGACAAUUGUAAACAACUAUUAGCUUUUCCACAAGCUGAAAGAGCAUUUUAAGUGGGGGAAAAAGGCCGGUUUGAGGUUUUAGAAAUUAGCAAGUUGUGCAUGCCCUUCCUGCCAAAGCCACUGUGCCCAGCCCAGAGGAGUGUGUACUCUUGGGAUGCAGUGACGUGGCGUGUGACUGGACUGGAGCCUGCCCCACUUCAGACACGUGCUUCAGGGCGGAAGUGGAUCCCUCGCUUUUUGCAGCCUCUCUUCUCCCAGGGCGUCAGGGGCCCACGACUUCUUUCUAAAUUGUAUGAGUUGCAUGGAUAUAUGCUAUGAUUAUGUGGUCCUUAGAAAAGAUUUUUGCUUUCAUAAAGCAUUUCAAGAAAGCACAUCAUUGGACACCAAGUUUGUCAUUUAAAAAUUAUAGCAUAUUGCUGUAAUAAGACCUUGCUUUUACCUUCUUUGAAGAGGAAUAGUUUUAAAAAUAAAAGAUAAAAUCACAAAUGGGACGAUUUCUUCUUUGUUUUUGAGCACAAUACUGCUCCAGGCUUUAUCUCGUCACCUUUGGUGAACAAAGCGAAGAUCCUUACACUCGUGGGCCUUGUGUUCUAGCAUGAGGAGACAGACAAUAGACAUCAUAAAUUGUACUGUAUUUUGGAGGGUGAUAAGAACUAGUGCAAAAAGAAAAAGAAUAACAGGCUAAAUGGGAUGGGAUUUCCAGCUGGUGGUGGGAAUGCAGGUUUGCAGAAUUAUUAAUUUAAUGGUCAAUUUAAUCUGAAAUCGAACACUGUUGUUUCUUUUUCAUAAAAAUCCAGAGAAUUCUAAAAUUUAAAAAUGUGACCACAACUCUGGAAAGGGCAUCUGCAGCAGGAAGUCCCAACGUUUAUGCUCUAGGACUUGGAAGGAUUGGCACUGAUGAAAAAUGCACUGUGUGUCCCUGUCCAGCAGAGGACGACAAUGCUCCACCAGAAGCCCCGCUCCAGGCCCUGGCAGGCAGCUAGCUCCUCAAUUGCUUUGCUUCAGAGGAUUCGCUUCCUUGAUGCAAAGCAUCUGUGUUUGCUGGUUCUGCCGUCUGAGCAAUGUCUCUGACUUGUUUGUUUUGAAUUACAUUACAGGCUGGAAUGUAAUUGUGGUGAAAGUAUUUUUAUAUUGCUGAGAGUAGCAGCUAAUCACAGUUUCAUGCUUCAGAAGAUUUAUAAUUGCUUGGUUUUUGUGCACGUGUGUUUUUAAUUGCAUCCGAGAAGUUUUAUGGAGAAGAAUAUGCAUGACUUUAAAUCUGCAAUAAUGUAACAUGCACUUUAUUUCUAGUUUCACCUACUUUAAAACUUAUCUUCUCAUUAAAUUUUAGUGCUCUGUCUAUUUUAUUUCUUUUUGCAGUUGACUGUAGUUCAUUUCUGGAUCCUUAUGCAAGCUGACUUCAUGGCAUUUAUUGACUUCAUAUAAUUUUCUUGGGGAUUAUUUGUGGGACAAACAACCUGGAACCUUUCCUCUAUAGAAUAAAAAAAAAAAAAAAACUCAUUGCCAUUGA